CACGUGAUAAAUAGUUGACGUCACCAGAAAGUUACGAUGUCGGAUCCUCAAAAAAGUGAUAUUACUGCAAUAUUUAAGCGGUUAAGAUCAAUUACAACUAAUAAGCAAUGUUUCGACUGUCAAGCGAAUAACCCAACAUGGGCCAGUGUUACAUAUGGAGUAUUCUUAUGUAUAGACUGUUCAGCAACACAUAGAUCUCUAGGAGUACAUUUAACAUUUAUACGAUCAACACAACUAGACACAAGUUGGACAUGGCCUCAGUUAAGAGCCAUGCAAGUAGGAGGAAAUGCAAAUGCUACUGCAUUCUUCCGACAACACGGCUGCAAUACAUCAGACUCUCAGCAGAAAUAUCACAGCAGAACUGCCAAAUUAUACAAAGAAAAACUCCAUUCCUUGGCACAGGCUGCCAUGAGACAAUACGGAACACAGGUCCAUAUCAACACUGGCCAUGAUGUAUCAUCUCCAUCAGCUACAACAAAAGAUGUUGAUUUCUUCAAAGAGCAUGCAUCUGCUGCUUUAUUUACACCACAAUCUGAUAGUACAGCACCUCCAGUUAACAAUGGAUCUGUUGCUAGUAACAAUGGAACGGUUGCUCAACCUAUACAAAAUGGCAACCUGAAAAAGGAGGAAAAUGGAGUGAAUGGUCAAGGACCAUGUGUAGAGGCUGCAUUGAGCACAUCUCCCACUGAAGCUGUAGCUAAAGCUGAGCCAAGGAAGUCUACUAUUGGAGCAAGAAAACCAGCAGCUGUGAAGAAAUCAGGGCUUGGAGGCAAAAAAUCAAAGUUUGGUGCCCAAAAGGUGAAAACGAACUUUGAUCAGCUUGAAAGUGAGGCUCAGAUGCGAGAUCAAGCAAAAGAGGAUGCCACAAAAGAACAGAUAGCUCGCGAGAAGCUAUCAGAGGAAGAACAGAUUAAGAGCAUGGCCUCUAUGAAACUCGCUUACCAAGAUAUGUCUCAAGAAAAGAAAAAAGCUGAAGAUAAAAUUCGCCUUACUGACCCAAAGAAAGCUGCUCAGUUAGAAAGAUUAGGAAUGGGAUUUGCAGGUGGAAAGGGAGUAAGCCAUUCUGCAAUCACAGAUAUGCAGACCAUAGACCAAGAAAAACCAAGUUCUGGCAGGGAACGUUCAGGAUUUGAUAGAUACUCCUCCAAUAAAAGCCGCGACUUUUUUGAUGACGAAUUUGAGUUUGUUAGUGGUAGUGGAUUUAAUAGUGGCCCACCAAAAUAUGACAGUCCAUUUGGCAAAGAUAAGGGCGCUGACCGUGACGACAGAUUUGGAGGGGGAUUCUCUAGUAGUAAAUGGGACAGUGCAGAUAGAUUUGAGAAAAGACAAAAUAGUUCUGAAGAUAUGCCCCAUAAAGAGAAAGAUGACUAUAGCGAGGAUACUGAUGACAUCAUUGAUGACGCAAAUAAUGAUGACGAUGAAAGAAGUGGGAGGAGUCGCAAGACCUAUGAUCCUCCAAGUGAGUCUACAGAUGCCCAAAAGAAAUUUGGUUCUGCCAAAGCUAUAUCCUCAGAUGCCUAUUUUGGUGACACACAAUCAAAGUUUGAACGUGAGAGAAAUAUGUCACGUUUUGAGGGGAGCAAUUCUAUAUCAAGCGACGACUAUUUCGGAACUGGUGCACCUAGACGUACCAAUAAUUAUGACAAUGGGCCUGAUCUGGCAGAUAUUAAAGAUGGCGUAAGGCAGGGAGUGACCAAGGUUGCUGGGAGGCUUUCAAAUAUAGCUAAUGGUGUUAUUAAUAGUUUACAGAGAAAAUAAUACAAGUGAAGUGUUGUAUACAAGACAAAUAUGGGAACUGAUGGAAGGGAAGUGACAUCACAGAGUGUAUAUGAUAUCAACAAUAGUUGUGCUGGAAGUGAAUUAUUUCAGAACUAAAUAAGACAAAACACAUGAACAAUUUGGAAUAACAGCACAUCUUUGAGGAGAGGGAGAGGGGGGGGCAACAGAUACAGAGAGUACAUUAUAUCUAUAGAAAUAUUAUUUAUUUAUACAAAUGACAAUUCAGGAAUGGAAAGAAGUAUCAUCAAUGCAGAAUACCUUACGAGAAUUAGAAAUAACUAUGAGUAUGAUAAGUACUGAUUUGAUCACUAUGGAGCUUUGGAAAUAACGGGACCCUCUUAAUAUGACACUCAAACAGGUAUAUUGGCAGAGGGAAUGGCAAAGUUCUCCCAUGACAUGUGGUUACAUAGUGUUACAAAAGACAUGUAGCCAAAAUGUGUAUAAUACCAAAUUUGAAAAAGGGAGUCCUUUCAAAAAGGAAUUCAUGAAUAUGAUGUUCCAUAUUAAAUAUUUGAGAAAUUGUCAGAAAUAUUAUUAAUUUGUUACAGUUAAAUUUUCAAUGAUUUUGAGCUUGGAAAUAUUUGGACUUAAUCAGUCUACAUUAGUUCCAAGAUUUCACUUCAAGUAAAAGUUGGGUAACAAGUUAUGUGCAGUGCACUGACAUAAGUUUUUAUUUCAAAACCAUGCUUUAGUUUGUUUGAUGUUUGGAGAAGUACAACAACAUUUUAUAAUGCUUAUGUAAUAGUAAAAUUUAUAUGAAGUCCUCGGUAGAUAUUGUGCAGUUUCAGUUAUCCAAUAUGUCGUAUGAUUUGCAAGGGAGCGAAUAUAUAAUGUGGCUAUGUGAGUAUGUAAUAGCUGCAUUCUCCCAUGGCUUGGAUCUGUCUUCCUUGCUUCAGAAUGUAUUUUGACAAAGAAAGGUUCUUUAAAUAUAAUCAUCAAAAGUAACUUAAGAUAACUUAAGUUUUUAGUUGGAGUAAGGUCAAAGUAUUGGUGCUUCUAUUUGCUGCUUCUAUUUGCUGCGAGACUACUUUCAAGAAAACUCAAAUUAACUCAAUAUCAAACAUUAACAAAUCUUGGUUUUUACAAGGCCUUCAACAAAAUUAGUUCUUUCGGAAAAAUGGUACACUGGUAUUUUAACUAGCUCCUUAUCUCCCUAUCACAACCAUUAUGUAAUGUUCUUGUAACUGCAAUUGCUGCAGACUGAAAAUAAGGAAAUAGUCCUUUUUGAUUUGCCAUUUGUAGAGAGGAAUGAAGCGUUUUGGAAAAUAGGAGGCAUUUGGAGUAUGUCCCAAUUGUUUUUUGAGCAAAUAUAUCUCAUUUUCAAAUGUUUACUUUUACUCCUUGGAGAAGUUUGUAAAUAUAAAUUUUGGUGAUGGUCACGUUUUAAUAUUUACAAUUUGAAUUAUCGAGAAGAUUAUUUUACAUUAGAGUUUACAGUAACUCUGGAUUUUCCAGAAAUGAAAAAUGGUCAAACUUAAAGAAAAUAAAAGGUCAAGAAAGUUAAAGAUGUCACCAUUGUAUAAUAAUAUUCUAGAUUCAAUUUACAGAAUUGCCAUAAACAACAAUAUGAAAGGUGUAAAUAUAAAAUAGCUACCGGGUGACUCAGGGCUAUGGUGGCGUAAUAUCAACUUUUACUUUUGAAAGUGUUGGUGGUUCUGAAUCGACAUGUACAUUGGGAGCACACUCAGUUAAUUCAGGUCUCUAUCUAUGUAAGAAAAUUGAUGUCAAAACAAAACCCGUGAAAAGGAGAAUUUGUUCACGUUCUUAACUUAGCUUGAAGUAUAGGAUUAUCAUUUGCAGUAUUCUAUGUAAGAUGAAUAUGUUUACUGUAUGUAUAGAAUAUUGUUGGAAAUAUGUGGGGAAAACAAAUUGUAUAGAACAAUAAAAAAAGAAAUGUGUAUAUAAA